GAAGCCGGGUUAUAAAGCUGAAAGCUACGCCGGGUUUUCGUCUCUUCAUUCUGCCGCCCGCUUCAAACCGAAACUCCAGCUUGUUGCCCACUGGCCUAGCAAAGCUUUCGCCAUGGCCCUCAGCGAUGCUGACGUGCAAAAGCAGAUUAAGCACAUGAUGGCUUUCAUUGAACAAGAAGCCAAUGAGAAGGCAGAAGAAAUAGAUGCAAAGGCAGAAGAAGAGUUCAACAUUGAGAAAGGUCGUCUUGUGCAAACCCAAAGACUGAAGAUUAUGGAAUACUAUGAGAAGAAAGAAAAGCAAAUUGAGCAGCAGAAGAAAAUUCAGAUGUCCAAUUUGAUGAAUCAAGCAAGACUGAAAGUCCUCAGAGCAAGAGAUGACCUAAUCACAGACCUACUAAAUGAAGCAAAACAGAGACUCAGCAAGGUGGUAAAAGAUACAACCAGGUACCAAGUGCUGCUGGAUGGACUGGUCCUCCAGGGUUUGUACCAGUUGCUGGAGCCCCGAAUGAUCGUUCGUUGCAGGAAACAGGAUUUCCCGCUGGUAAAGGCUGCGGUGCAAAAAGCAAUCCCUAUGUACAAAAUCGCCACCAAAAAAGAUGUUGAUGUCCAAAUUGAUCAGGAGACCUACCUGCCUGAGGACAUAGCUGGUGGUGUUGAGAUCUAUAAUGGGGAUCGUAAAAUAAAGGUUUCCAACACCCUAGAAAGCCGGCUGGAUCUCAUAGCCCAGCAGAUGAUGCCAGAAGUACGGGGAGCCUUGUUUGGUGCUAAUGCCAACAGGAAGUUUUUGGACUAAGUGUUUUGGAGGUGGAGUUCAUUCCACUCCUUUACUGAUAGGAUAUGGAAGUUUCUGAUAUUUGAAGAACCAAGAUUAUCUGUGUAACCUUCUCUUUGCUGUUGUAAUAUUGUUCUGUAUUUAUCAGUGGAAUACCCUAUGUAAUCAAUGCCCUUGGCCUAAUUGUUACCAACAGGAGCAAGUUUCAGUUAAAAUGAUCGGGAACCUACUCUAUAAAAGCAACCCAACUUUCAGUUGGUUCUGCAGCAUGAAGGUGAGGGGAUCAAAUGGUGGUUGCAUGAACUUCACUCGGUGUUCUGCUCUUUCUAGCUCUAGAAAUCUAAACCAUGAAAAUGUGCUUUAUUUAUUAAAAGAAAAGGUUUAUGUGGA